ACGUGUUUUAGGGUUUAAGCAAGGGUAGGGUUUUUGCUCAUGGCGGGAGGCGCGAGCGCCGUGAAGAAAGAGGCAGCGGCCGCGGCGUCGUCCGUGGCCAAGGAGGCGGACGAGCCAUGGCUGAAUGCGAAUCCCACAGAGCACUACAAGCAUUACGGCAAGAAUUUGCGGGUAAAGAAUUGGGCCAUGGCUGGAGGGUUGUUGUGCUUCGUGGCGGGCGUCUACGCUUACACGAUCCAUGCGGUAGGAUCGUCGGAUGAGCUGCAAAAGGCCGUGGAGGAGUAUGAGAGGAAUCAAAAAGAAUUGCAGCGGCAGCAAAGUGGAGGGCAAGUUCCAAAGCCAGCAUAAACAGGAAAAGCUAAAUCCGUUGCUGUCGAUUCAUUCACCAGGUCUCCAGCGGAAAUUUCCUGCGGUGGCCGCGUGCUUGUACCGCCAAUAACACAAACGUUUUCUUUUGUGUUCUUGAUUGAGUGGAAGCAGCACCAGCAUCAACCAAAACGUUUUGGUUCACCAAACA